AUGGCGAACGGUCAACCACCAGCCAAACAGUCGGUCUGGGACGGCGACGGCUGGUUCCUAGAGGUCCUGUCGCUAGUUGCCGCGGCAGGUUUCCUCGGGGCCAUGGUAGGACUGGUUGUCCACUACGACGGCCAAAACGCGAGCGAUUGGCCAUAUCCUGUUACGCUCAACGCCUUUGUCGCCGUCCUGUCUCUGGCCGCAAAGGCCUGCGUCAUGUUCGCCGUCUGCGCGAGUCUGAGCCAGUGGAAGUGGAUCCUGUACACGGGGAGGAGCCACGUCUUGAUCGACUUUGAGCGCAUCGACUCUUCUAGUCGCGGUCCACUAGGAAGUGUCGCUCUACUUGCGACGAGCUGGAAGAGCGGACUUGUUGUUCGGCUAGGGGCUAUCGUUACGCUAUUAGCUUUAGCAUUGGACCCCUUCACGCAGCAAAUAAUCCAACUUCGCCAAGACGUGGUCUUCACCCCGGCCGAGCGAUACGCCCAGAACACACGGGUUGGCGCCUGCGCAUACUACUGGGAUGGUAGUCUGAACAACUCAAACUCAACAACGCUGACGAACGGAACUCGCGGGGAACUCCACACCUGGGAAGCCUCGACCCCGACGUAUGUGCAGGCCGCGGUGCUCGAUGGGCUGUCCAGGCCGAUGAGCCAGCUCCAGGCUCAGACCCCGUACUUGUGCCCGACGGCUGACUGCCGCUGGCCCGCGUUCAACUCACUGGCCGUGUGCAGUCGUUGCAGUAACACGACAUCGGAGAUUACUCGGAUCCCCGGCAACUCGAUCGAUCUUUACACGGCCUUUGCUGCCCAGUACGGUGGCCGAGAUAUGCUUGGCGACAACGCCACCGCGUUCCGUCUUCCGACAGGCCAAUUCAUCGCAAACAUGGACAGCUAUAUGGAAAAGAGCACCGGAUCCAACGGUGCUCCACCCUUUCUGAUGAGUGCUUCUGGAACCGGUGUACCGAGCAGGACGCUAUCCUUGCAAGAGAGCAAGAGCCUCAUCUGGUCGAUAAACAUCCUGGCAAUAGCUCCGCGCCAUGACGACCUGUCGAACAAGACCAAGCCUGUUGGAGGUAAGUGGCCAGAGAUGGGUCUUGUAUCGGGUGAGUGUGGCCUUUAUUGGUGUGUAAACCAAUACGAGUCCGUGCUUCGCAACAAUACUCUAUCAGAGCGCGUCACUGAGCAGGAGACGACAUUCAACAUGCCAUUAGACGACAUCAUCAAUAGAACUUGGCCCUUUGACGGACUCCAAUUCAAGCCAACCGUCGUGGACACCGGCAUCUGGCCUGGUCACAUUGGGCUGUGUGAUACUAAGAAAGAGGGAGGCUUCGGCUGCCUCAAUGUGUCGAUAGAUUCGGUCCUCUCACUGAACAGCUAUUUUCAGACCUUGCUCACCACGGGCGCCCCGUCAGCGAACGCUACCGCCGGCCUAGGCCAGGAUGCACUCCACAACGAGGGUGUUUUGGUUAAUGGUCGAUCGGUGCCAACUGCCCUCUCGGGUAUAUGGACAGACGCCAGCCAGGGACUCCAGGAUCUGCAGUCGAGGUUCGAGGCCCUGGCACUGAGUACGACCAACGCCAUAAGGUCUUCCGCGAUGGACGCCUGGGAUACUUCGUCAGUCGUGCCGGGGAGCACGAAGGGGACGGUCGGCAGGACACAGACCCUGUUCCACAUGCAGUGGCAGUGGAUGACGCUGCACUGUACGGUUUUCGUCCUCGCCAUCGUCUUCCUGCUGCUCACUGUGACGCACCCGGGGCGGAACAGGGCGCCGCUGUGGAAGAGCAGUGCUCUUGCCAUCUUGGCACGCGGUCCGAAUGCGGCAGAGGUCUUGGAUGGCGCGGAGACGAUGCCGCAGAUCCUCUACAGGGCGAAGAAGGGCAAGGUUGUUCUGUACGACGGCGCCGUGGCGGUACAGGAGGGGAAACCUGGUCUUGACCAGAAACUUCUAGGCUCGGGAGCGGCAAAUGCUUGA